CGCGGCGGCUGCGGGGCCGGGAGGGUGGAACCGCGCAGCGCCCGCGCUAUGGGGAGGAGUUACUGUAACAAACAGUGGAAUAUUUUGCAUAGAAGAUAAAACACAGUUCAGUUUAUCUCAGUAACUGUGCUUUUUGAAAGUCAGAGUGUCCUUCUAGGAUCGUGUGCUCGGUCUGGUCUGUGCUGAACACGGGUCUCUUUUGCUCUAAUCCCCUCUGUUUGCAGCGUUUCCCUCUCUCAGACGCAAGGUCAGGCAGAGCUGGAGCCAGAUCCAAACGAGCAAGAGAUUGGACUGGUGUGAAAUUCAUAAUAACAUUAAAAUGAGUCCUUGGAAGGUCACAGAUUUAUCCACGUGUGCGUAAGUAGGGAAUGCGUUCUGCCCCAGCUCCUGUCUGGCUGCCCAGGAUCGAUGGGGAUCGCUGCCUCCUGCUGCCCAGCCCCGACUGAAGGGUGUUCCCUUCCUACAACUCUAAACCACUCCUAGAGAGUUGCUUUGCGGUAUUUUCGGUGUCGCUGGGUGCCCGCUCGCGGGGCUGUGCGUGCGGGUCGCUGCCCGCAGCUGCGGCUCCGCUCAGACCCCAGAGGGACGAGCCCGGCCAUGGCCAGGAAGGAGCCGCUGCUGAGCGCCCUGAAAGGUGGGGUGCUGUGGCUACGGGAGAGUGGGGGGCCGUGCUCCGACACCUCGCCACUCCUCGCCUCCCUCUGCCAGCUGCUGGAGAGCAUCCUGCGCAAGGGGCUGCGACAGCCGGCCUGGGGCUUCAGGAGACGGGAUUAUUGGCACUGGCUGGAGCAGCUUCCCGUGGAGGAUGGCGGCAGGCCGACCCCUUUCUCCGUCAGCAUCCAGAAGGCAGGCAGCUGUGUGAAGGCGCGGACGGCGCAGGGCCGCGGACGAUGCUUCCUGCGCUUGGCCCUGCAAGGAAAGGUGCUGGCGGCUGCCGUGCAGCAGCUGGUGCGCAGCCCGCAGCUCCUGGAGUUCUAUGAUCCGGUGAGCUCCAUCCUUGGCAAUGAAGACCUCCUGGGGGCAGAAAUGGAGAGAAAGUUGCUUGUCAGCAGCAUUUGCUGGGCAGUUUGGUCUGAAUUUGGGGAAAUCGGGCGUCACGACACAGCACUGCUCUCCCCGUGCUGGCAGCGGGAGCCUGGGAUGAGCCUCUGGCAGCAACCUGAGUGCCCCGGUGCCGGGAUGCUCCCAGGCGCCCGCUGCCCAGGGCUCAUCAGUUGCGCGGCAAAGGGCUUUAUUUGCACCUCGGCCACAUCCCCACGAGGCUGUGGCUGGCAGGAGCCUGAUGGUGACGCUGCCUCUCUUCCCCAUCCCUCGGCAGAGCCUUUCCUCUCGCUGCUGCUGGUGCUGGCAGAGAUGGAUUUCUGCCUGGACCUGCAAAACUGCAGCUUCUUGGACGAAAGCUGGCUGCUGCCGGUGUGCAUCACUUAUGAGACAGUCCCGUGCCGAGCGCUGGGGAUGGUGCUCAGGUACGUGGACGGCCGAGUCUUCAUCACCAAGGUGCUCCCAGAGAGCCAAGCAGAGCUGGAUGAGGUGGUGCUGGCCGGCGACGUCCUCGAUGAGAUCAAUGGCUGCUCACUGAGAAAUGCCUACAACGGGCAGGCUGGGGCUGAACUGCAGAAGGUGAAGGGACAACCUCUCAGCCUCCGCCUGCUGCGGUGGCGGUGGCACGACGGGGAGGUCUACGAGCCGCUGAUGCCCUACCUGAAGGUGCUGAAGGAGCAGGAGCCCUGCUUCCAGCUGCAGCGCAGCCCCCGGUGCAGGGCUGAGGGGGACCCGCGGGGGCUGCAGGGGGGCAGGCUACUCUACGCCCUGCGGUACCUGGGCCAGGCUGGCAUUGGGAAGCAUGGUGGCAAAGAGGUGCUGGGCUGGGCCAUCCCCACCGUGCUGGAGCAGCACUCAGCAGCGUGGGAGGUUUUACUUGAUGUGAAGGAAGCAGAGAUCCUUGUACAGGAGAAGGCCUCUUCCAAGCUCCUGGGCCGCUACCCCUACCCCUGCAUCUCCUGCGUGGGACGCUGUGCUGACAGCCGCAAUUUGCUGGCCUUCUGCGUGGCCACUUCCUUGGAGAGCCCUGGCGGGAGCACGUUUGACUGCCUGGUGUUUGCAGCGCGUUCUGAGCAGGAGUGUGAGGAAAUCGUCAGGAGCAUCGCUGCAGGAUUUAAGCACACAGAGUGGUUUGUCUGAUAAGGGAAAGCCCCGGCUCCCGGAUGGGUUCCAAGCCCCCGACAGGCUGUUGCUGUGGAAGUAAAAGUUGGAAACGUGUCUGCUCCUCAAACACCACACUGAGGGCCAGCGUGAGCUACUGCUGCUCUUCUUCCAAGACGCCACUUCUGCUGUGGUGCUUUGAAUGUCACUGCAAUAAACCACGAUGAGCUGGCUAAGCCACUUCCUGGCACUCCAUCUCCCUGCGCCGUACCAGCACAGCCUGUUCCCAAGGGAGCUGUGUGCAGUCCCAUCUCAUGUUAAUUACCUGUUUCAGCUGCAGUCGGGGCAGCUUUCCUCCACCCAAGCCCAGCCACGUUCGGCUGCUUCCAGACACCACCGAGAACACUAGACCUGCCCUCACAGAGCCUGAGCGCUGCUCUGAGGGAGGGUUUGAGUUCAAUUGUGCUUCCUCAAAGCAGCUUGGUGGGACCAGAGCCUCACAGGGUCAGGGCACACCAGCAGCUUCCCCCCUCAGCACUACCCUCUGU